UCAUCUGCCUCAUCCAAGACAUCAUCCUCAUCCAAGACAUCAUCCUCUUCAUCGAACACAUCAUCUUCCUCAGCUAACAUAUCAUACUCCACGUCAUCCCCCAGAUCCAACACAUCAUCCUCCUCAUCCCACAAAUCAUCCUCCACAUCCAAAACAUCAUCUACCACACCCUACGCAUCUUCCUCCGCAUCCAACGCAUCUUCCUCCUGA